UUCAUCAUUAGUUUUUAAACUAAAUAUUUUUUUACUAUUAGUUUGUGAAGAAAAGAACAAAUAUCCUUGAAAUUGAGAUUAAAGGUGAAUAGAGACUAUGAUGCUACAAAUGUAUUCACUAUCUGUGAUCCGUUUCUAUAGCAUUUCUAAGACCGCUAACAUGUGUCUCAAUAUGUAAGUAAAUGUUCUCAAGUGUUUAGGUACCACUAUUCCCCGCCUCAAGAAGUCCUUAGACAAACCAUUGAUUAAUUGAUUUCAAUUUGAUAACAGGGAACAAUCGACGUCGGAGGGGUACAAACAGUCCAUGAUGCUGCUGCAAACAGUGGCAGACUGACCUUCAUAUUUGAUAUUGACCCUACAAUUCGCCAUACAGUAUGGAACGUUGGCGUGGCCAGGGUAUUCGCUGGAAUGGGUUGGCUCGUGAAACCUGCAUUUCUUCAACGUAUUGCGUCAACAAAGUCACUCAAACACGCGAGAUGGGCGAUGCUGCUUUGGCUAACGUGCUCUCUGGUGUUUGGAUCUCUAACAAUCUUCAGCGGUCUUGUGGCUUAUAGUUACUACGACUACAAAAGAUGUGAUCCCAUUGCAUCAAAUCAAAUCGACAGCUUUGAUCAGAUUUUACCCUUCAUGAUCAUCGACAUUUUCCGGAACCUGCCAGGAAUGCCAGGCCUGUUUCUUGCAGCACUCUUCAGUGCUUCUCUCAGUUCGUUAUCGUCUGGACUAUCAGCUCUGUCAAACAUCACAUGGGAGGACUUUGUAAAGCCCCAUUGUCCUUCUAUGUCGGAAUUUAAACAAAUGGCAGUCGCCAAAUUAGCAGUGGUGGCGUGGGGAGUUGUGAUUUGUUGCCUGGCGAUAUUUGUGGCCUCCAUUAAAUCCAUCACAAUACUCCAGAUCUAUUUCAGUGCUUCGUCAAUUAUAUCUGGCCCAACAAGCAGCCUGUUUUAUCUCGGUGUCCUCUUCCCAUUUGUCAAUAAAAGAAGUGCCAUUGCUGCACUGUUGGUUGGAUUGAGUUUUCUGACGUGGUUGGUGGUCGGUGCGAGUGUUUCCCCAGGGGUGAGGCAGACACCGCCUCUACCCCCUGCCCCGACAGAUCACUGCCCGAGUGUCAACCUCACUGUGCCGCACACCAUAACCAUACUGAAUUCAACCAAUCAUAAUCAGGAGGUAUUUGCUGGGUCAGGCCUCGACUACUUUUACAGCCUCUCGUACACUCUUUACCAGUGUUUCGGAUUUCUCAUCGUGCAGGUGCUGGGGGUGACUCUCAGUCUAGCCUCAGGUCGGAACAAGACGAACAACAACCCUCUCUACGUAAGACAAUACUUCUGGAGACACAGACCUCAUGACGAACAUAUGAUGAGGUCUCUCAGCACACCAGACACCGAUAAAGAUGACCCCAGAGGUCUGCUUGGUGAGCAGCAGGCACAAUCAUCCAACAGAUCCUGAACUCUCUUCCAUACACACUUCAACCAAAACAUGUUAUAGCAAUGUCAUAAUAUGUUAAUUUUAGACUCUGUAAUUGGUCAAACAAACUGGGCAUAAAUAAUUAAGAAUAUUCUUUACUCUUUUGGAUUUGGCUUUAUGAGGGAACCGCAGCAAAAUUUAUGUAAUGUCGAUAAAUUCAUAUGAGAAUUUGUUUUUAGACUAUGAGCAAGUUAUGAACAAGAAUAGUCCUAAAUUUUCACUUUAUUCUUGUUUUAAAAUCUCAUUUAAUGUUGAAUUUUACAUAAAAGAUUUAUCAAUUUCAAAAUUCCGAUUAGCCCUUGCUAAAUUUAGAUGUUCUUCACACCGCCUCCAAAUUGAAAC